CUGUUUACCGCUGCGCACCGAUAACCGCCGCACUGUUAUCGGACGCUGGACGCACGCAGGACGGGAUCAGGAUACGGAGACGAAUUUGGCGAGGAUAUCACACAACCAUGAGCUUGCCCAGCGCCAGCAGCAGCAGCCACGCCCAUGCCCAUGCAGCGUCGCCCGUUUACAACAAUAGCAACAGUAACAAUAACAACAAGUCGAGUGCGGGCAACAAGAAAACUUCCUCGAAAAACGAUUUUCUGCGCUGCGCCGUCGGCCUUCUGCUGAAGCAGAAAAACUACGUGGGCAACGAACGCUUCCGCCGCUCGGACUUUCUUUUGCUGCAGAACAAGCAGCAGUUCGCGGUAAACAAAAUGUUGGACACAGAUCUGCACGGAGGGAACAGCUUCACCUACUCGAAUGUACAGGUGAUCACUAACAAUCAGCACACGGUGGAUCAGCAGUUCGGACGCUUCUCGCAAUUUGUGGAGGCUCAGGCAGAGCCGCUGAGAUUGGAGAUGAAGCGGUUUUACGGACCAAUGCUCUGUCACUUUUAUCUGGAUUUGUUAAAGGCGCGCGAACCCAGAGGCGCUGUGGAACUGCUGCGAAAGUACGCCCAUUUGGUGGCGCCUGUGGACCUCUAUGACGCUCCACCGCCCACCAAGAUCAACGGUUGUUCCACCUCUGCCUCCGAGUCCACUUUCCACAUACGGUUCGCUAGAGAAGCCCAGGACACUGGGGACACGGAACUCGACUACUUCAUGCGUCUAGUGCAGAUUCUGAGCGGUUGCACACGGCUGGAAGUGGCCGAGUCGGACGAGACGGUGGCGCACUUUCGCUCCUCUAAGUACGAAUUGCACACCUCGGCCCAGGUGGUGGAGAGAAUGUGUGCCUAUUUGCAAAGGCGAGGUCAUGUCUUGAUAAUGAACCUGCUGUACACUUGGCUGCAAAUACAUAUCGUGGAGAAUGAGCAACGUGCUUUCAGCGAGGAUCACCUUCUAGGCUUGACGGACGACCUGGACGGUGAAGAGGCUGAGGAGGAGGUGGCAGCCAAACCAACAGUUUCCGUCACUCCUCGGGGAGAUCACAAGCCGACAAAGCCAACAAUCGAAAAAUCUGCAAAAAAACGACCUGCGGAUGAGCCGAACAUCAAGCUGGAGACUGAUAUAAAGCGGGAGAUCGAAGCGGAAGAAGCCGCGGAAUCUUGCAAACCCCAGCUCAAUGUAGACGCCUGCCUGGACAGCGUCAAAUCAGCCACCGAACAGAUACUCAAGGCCCAAGCAGAGCUACCGCGCAUUCUCAGGAUUAGCGAGCGCUCCCGGGGCCUCACUUCCGCGCACCUGGAUUCCAGCGAGUGCCAUCUGCUCGCCGGCUUCGACAACUCCGCCGUGCAGCUGUGGCAGCUCAACCAGCACAGCUGCCGCGGAAAGAGCUUCUACAGACGCUAUCCUCAAUCGCAGUGUCCUUGGGAGCUAAACAACUGCGUAGACCAGAUGGAAAUGGAGCAAGAUGCGGAGGAUGAGGACAGCAGUGAAGAGGAUGUUCGUUGUUCUGAGGAAGAGCGAAGAGAACGCAACAGAGCACGGCACAGCAAAUACACUGACAAUUCCUACAACGAAUUCGGCGGCCUGCACCUUCGGGGUCACACGAGAGGCGUCACUGACGUGCGUUUUUCAGCCCAUUAUCCCCUCAUGUAUAGUGUGUCCAAGGACGCCACUAUGCGGUGCUGGCGGGCGCAUAAUUUGCACUGUGCCGCCAUAUACAGAAGUCACAACUACCCAAUCUGGUGUUUGGACGAGAGUCCAGUUGGCCAGUACGUCGUCACGGGCUCAAAGGAUCUCACUGCUCGCUUGUGGUCGCUGGAAAAGGAGCACGCCCUCAUCAUCUACGCCGGUCACACGCAGGACGUUGAGUGUGUUGCUUUCCACCCGAAUGGCAACUAUAUAGCGACCGGCUCAGCGGAUCACUCGGUGCGCCUUUGGUGCGCAACCAGCGGGAAGCUUAUGCGCGUCUUUGCCGACUGUCGUCAGGCUGUUACCCAGUUGGCCUUCAGUCCAGACGGAAAGAUGUUGGCCGCCGCCGGCGAGGAGACCAAGGUUCGCAUUUUCGAUCUGGCGGCCGGAGCGCAGCUGGCUGAGCUCAAGGAUCAUGCAACGAGCAUCAGUUCCCUUUCCUGGAGUUUGCACAAUCAGCAUCUGGCCACAGCCUGCACCGAUGGCAGUCUGCGAUUGUGGGACAUCAAAAAGCUGUCGCCCAUGGGGGACACAGGCGCUGGAAGCUCUUCGUCCGCAUCGACUUCAUACUCAUCAGCUACAACGAAUCGUGUGCUAACUCUCAAUAGUUCCUGCCAGCGGCUGGUCGACGUUUUUUACGCGCCCAGCAAGACGUUGUAUUGCAUUGGCACCUGAAUCAAAUCAACAAGAUGAAACACUGCAGACCGAAUGGAUUCCCACUCGCUGUUAGUUUAUGUUUCAAAAUAAUAAUUUAUUUGUAAUAAGUCUGUAUAAUAUUACUGUUACUAUUGUGUGAAACAACUCGUUUGCUUGUCUUUACCUUUACAUAUAUAUAAUAUUUGCCCGCUUUUUAACAA